AUGCCUAUCCGAUGGAAAACCCUGCAGAACACGGUUGCGGCCUGUGGAGUCGGGGCUGGAAUUUCGUUCCUUUACAUGACGCGUGACAUUCAACUCGUCCCGUUAGCCCCUGCAGACCGAAUAUUCCAUUCCAAAUACUACGCAGAAUUCAACCCCAAUGGCAACCCCGCAAUCCAUGACUGGCACGUCAAAAGAGUUCCGCUGGAUCAAAUAAACCCCGAACUUCUCGACGAUCGCCAAAAGCUUCUUGAAAGGUUCUGUGGCGGAGUAUGGGCGGGAAAUGGUUUUGCCCUCCAGAGGACCCUCCACACGUUGUUUGAUCGGACUAGCGCGAGUGAGGACCAGAUCUGGUUCUCUGCUGAGCUCCUACAGUCCGAUUACAGGGUAGGCACUGAUAUCGCUGGCAACUUUGAAGUGCUCGACAGGUCAGACGGAUCUAUUCUCAUCCGUGGCGGAGACAAAACGUCCUCUCGAGGCUUACGUUCUCUAGACGGCCUCAUCGAGCUCACAGCUUGCAUAGAUCAAGAAAGAAAUGUGGCAGAAUUUGGGUUCAAGUCACUUUUCUUCCAAGGUUCCGGGGCCACGAGAAAAUUUCCCAUGCCCAAGCCGCUGGUGUGGAUGCAUGAGCAGUAUGCCAAGGCCCUUUUGGCCUCGGGCGUGCAAUAUGUCUUGAAGUAG